GUUCUGCCAGGAACAGAAACACAUGUAGGUCCCCAUUUAUGGGGAAUGAGGAAAUGAACAGAUAAGUCACCAGACCUAGUUAUUUUCUCCUGACACGUGAUGCUGCAAGAACCUGGGAGAAAUCCUGAGGAAAUUGCAAAUAGCAACUGUCACCCCUGUUCAGGGUGGGCAUGAACAAAUCUCCUUGAGUAAUAGUAGAAAACCUUCCUUUUCAAUGAAAUUCCUUGUUUGUCACAGCAGGCAGUUUUAUGACCAGGUAUAUAUUGCAGUGGCACUCCUGAGGGAUCAGACAAGUGUUUCUCCAGGGAGAAGAAGAAAGGAGGUCUUUGGCUGCCUGUUCUGAGACUCUGCUUCAAGGGGAGCAAGAGCCCUUCACUGAAAUCCUCCCACCAUGCUGGGGCUGCUGCUGCUGCUGCAGGUGUUGGCGAGCUGCCUCUGGCUGGGACACAGCGAGGUGGUGACGUCCUUUGAAACUUCAUGUCCUCAGUUUUUUUUCGGGGGGAUUCCCCCAAAUGAAGCUCUGGAGCCGCAGAAGCCAGCCUGGAUCUGCCAGCGCUACAAGAACCAGUAUUACUUUGCCACCCUGUAUGACAGGAAGAUGCGCAUUCCUGUCUACUCUGCUUACAUCUACCAACCUGGACCUGGCAAAAGACCUAAAACAUGGCUGGUCGAGCCCCAGCUGAUUGGCCCAACUUAUCCCAAAACUAUGGAAAAAGAGUGGACACUUUUAAAUAAAUACAACGUCAGCUUAGAGAAACUCAGCCAGAGCCAGGCUAUCCUCCAUGACUACAAGAAUCUGACGGGUUUGAACCGAGGCCAUUUGAACCCCAAUGGCCACCAUGAUGACUACAGCAGCAGGGUGGCUACCUUCACCCUCACCAACAUAGUGCCCCAGGAUGAGAAGCUCAACGGUGGUGCCUGGAACAACUACGAGCAGCAAACGAUGAUCAGGAGGACCCAGGGCUGUACAACCACCUAUGUCGUGGUGGGUGCUGUGCCUGGGAACAACUACAUCGCCAAGGGGAGGGUUAAUAAACCCAGCCACCUCUGGUCAGCUGCCUGCUGCAUAGUUGACAACAGCUACGUAAAGGCUUGGGCGGUCAUUGCUGAGAAUGACAAGAACGAGGUCCAGCUCCUCACGCUGGGGGAACUGGAGGACACAUUAACUGAGCUCUAUGGGAGGGGACAGGUUUCCCUGUUUGACACUGACUGUCCCCGGGACUAAGCCUCACAUCCUGGGUGGAACAGGCUCGGGAGUUUUUGCCACACGUCACAGAAUAACAGAAUGGUUUGGAUUGGAAGGAAUUUCAAAGACCAUCCACGGGCCAUGGGCAGGGACAUAUUUCACUGUCCUUGGUAGCUCCAAGCCCUGCCCAACAUGGCUUUGAAUACUUCCAGG